UGGCGAUGACGCAGAGCAGCUUUCACAUUCCCACAAUUAUGAACACAGCCCUCGCCGAGUCGACGCCCAUUGGCAAACCGACAUAUCCUCAGGUGAAGCUUCCUCAUCCAUAUCUUACCAGCUAUAAAAUCCACACAGUCUCCGAAUCCACACCCCGCGUGCUCCAACUUCAAUUACACGACGCUCAAGUGGGAAAACCACUCCCAGAGCCCCUCCACUCAGAUACCCUCACCUACGCAGACAUCGCCUUCGAUGAAUCCGCCAAAGAAAUCCCCGACAAUGACAACAGUCCCUGGGCUCGCACCCGACGCGCACCCGGAACAUCCUUCCACUGGACCAGCGUAGAGCCCCCAACACUGGGCCAAAUAUGGAACGUCAUCCACGCGCUCUUCAUCACCCAUCCACACCGGGAGAUCCUCCGCCUCGAUCUCGUUGGCUCCGGCCACGAGGUUAUCCGCGAUGAACUCAUCCGCACCGGCCUGACCGUUGCCUUCCCCUCCCGCCGCAUCCCCUUCGGCAACGAAAACAAAGCCUCUCCCAGCAACACCAUCGUCCUCCUCCGCUCCGCCUUCUGGCAAGGCGCCGGCUCCCCCCUCGGACCCCGCCCAAUCUGGGCCGUCGACCAAGAUAUCCAUGGCCUCCUUCGCAAACCCGCCAGCCAAUAUCCAGCCCUGGCCCAGAACUACGAGUUCUCCAUGAAAUUCCCCGACGAGCGCAUCUACACCCGCCACCCCAUCCGCCCCACGAAACCUACCCCAGGCUCCCUCGUCUAUAGCCGCUAUAUCCCGCACCUGAACCAGCACUUCUCUCUCAUGGCCGUCGACUGGCAAGACGAAGAACACCUCCGUCUCUUCAAUAAAUGGCAGAACGAUCCCCGCGUUGCGAAAGGAUGGAACGAAACCGGAACCCUAGACGAGCAUCGCGAAUACCUCCGCCGUCUCCACGAAGACAAACACGUUCUCUGCCUCUUCGGCCGCUUCGAUGACUUCAAAUUCUCCUACUUUGAAGUCUACUGGGCUAAAGAAGACCACUACGGCGCCCACUACGACGCAGACGACUACGACCGCGGCCGCCACUCCCUCGUCGGCGAGCACAGCGUGCGCGGCGCCUACCGCGUCAACGCCUGGUGGGGCAGCCUCAUCCACUACAUCUUCCUCGACGAGCCACGCACAAUGGCUGUCGUCGGUGAGCCCAAGGCUACAAACACCACCGUCCUAUCGUAUGAGAAUGCGCAGGGUCUCACGGUCCAGGGGUAUGUGGAUUUGGGCCAUAAGAGAUCCGUCCAUGUGCAUUGUAGUCGGCAAAAGUGGUUUCAGCUUUGUCCACUUUUCUGGGAUGGGAGGGAACGGCCGCUGGAGAGUUCGGAUCGGAUGGCAUGGGAUGCUAAGCUUUAGAUUUUCUCCGUUGUUUUCUUUCGUUCUUUUGUAUGGGUGUAUAGUGGGUAGCAUGGACCUUUUAGUUUAUUUUUGUUUAAAGAUUAUGGGAUUUUCUGUCACUGUUGAAUUGAGACAUAAUGCGUAGUCAUUCCGGUAACUCUACAGCGAAUUGAGCAUUGUCGAUAAUGAUGAUGCCCUCGGAGGGAUCUGGCCGGUGCAGGGUAACCAAAACUUACGAGGCAGCAGAAUUCUUCUUCAU